AACGCCAGCAGAUCACGAUAUGAGACCGAGACCCGAACCCGAUGAUAAACAUGCCAUCACCGCAAGCGUUGAGCAGCAGCAGCAGCAGCAGCUCUGCGCAACGGUCCAACCACCACUGCGGUUUGGCGUUAUACGGCCACCUCACCCUUCAAGAUUUAUACAUCACGGUCGACGAUCCGGAAUCAAUACAACCCCCUUCGAAGACGUGUCUUCGUCCGUGCAGGUCAUCCGUCCUGGUCUGGUGUAUAAGGAGCUUGAGAGCAGAAUCACCCCCGAUGGCGUCCCACGUGCAGAUGAAGUGCCCUUGCAAGUUGUCGUGGGCGUCCGGCGUGCUCGGUGCUCACAUGUUUCAUCGCUCACAGAGAAGACAGCCUACUGGGUGAGGAACGCAUCUCUUGACCCGGCUGCGGAUGAGAGUCAACAUCCAAGUUUUCUACCAUCAAACUGUAUCAAUGAUUUGUUCGGACCCGGAAGGGGACCGUCCAUAUUUCCAAUGUCUAUAACUUCUCAACUCCACUACGUCCUCCGACACUUCAAUCUGAACAUUUAUGUCGUUAAACCCGGGUCUUGCUUUUUUGGCACAUCAGACCUCCUAGGUGGCAACGAGCCAACGGAAACAGCUUAG